AUGGAGAAAGUCAGCGGUGUAGCUUGCCGACAGCAGGUCGCCUUCACCACCUCGUUUGAUGCUGUCCUUGUUGAACGCGCCAAGCAGACAAUGACCCAGGGAGUUACAUGGCUACGAGCUACUGCCGCCGAAGUUCACGAUAUCGCCCUCUCCAUCAAAUGCAUGGGCGACAUGGCAUUCAACAUAGGGAACGGAGACAUGGCAUUCGCAAAGUGGGGCGAUACACUCAAGUUCAUCGAGAUCACACUGGAGCACAACAAGAUGAUGAGUACACGUCUGGAACCCGAUUUCCUAGCUCAACUUCAUGCGCUUGAAUGCAUGGUCUCACUUGAACAAGCGAUGUUCUUCUUCUCUGACAUGGCCGUUGACGAAAUUGGUCGCAAGUACGACCAUGUACCGAAGAAGGUGGGUUAUGCUGAGGACGCCAAACAGUACAACGAGCUCCUGGGGUAUGAGGCAGUUCCCUUGUCUGCUAUCGCUCGCUUCUACCGUUUCUUGGGUGUCGCUGAACUGGGUCUGGAUCAUCCUGUCAAAGCAGCAAAGGCAUUUGCCAAGUCCUACAAGAUGGUGACUCUCCCGCCAACUCAGAACGGCUACAACACUGCGAGAUCAUGGAAAGAGCUCACUAAGGCUCAGCGCAAGUCUAGGCUAGACGCUCUCUACACUGCCCUUCCCAAGACGCCCCACACGAUGCCAGUGUUUCAAGCCUGGAAGGGUCCUCAAGUCCAGUCAGAACAUUGGGUCAUGCGCGAACUGGGCUUUAAGGGUAACAUACCUUACGCCGACAAGAUCACUGGUGUACUUGGAAUAUACUUGACCAACAAAGCUCACCCCAAUCGUUCGCUUCCAGGACCACGUACGACCCAGCUCGGGGCCGUGAAGCCUGAAGUACUAAGGAAGGUUGUCGAAGACCAUCGUGAGCAAGUGAACAAGCCUGAUUUACCAGGCAUCGAGCUGCUCAUUAUGUGGAUUGCCCUUGGAACGCAUCAGAUCGGUGAAGAGAGUACCCACGAUGAUCCGGAGGCUGCAAAGAUGCUGGAGAACAUGUCUCUUCGUGGCACUGGAGGUUGUCCGACUCAGUGA